GCUCCAGGCACACUGAGUAACGGGUGGGAAAAUCUGCCUCCACUACCAGAGAUCGUUGAUGGUAUAAACCAGUUCACGCGACAUUACUUUCAACUCGGUUUUAUUCCUAAAGAACAAUUUCCCCGGCGUCUACUCCAAGAUCGCACUUCAGUCAGCGUCUUCCUCGUUGUCAGUAUUCUUAGCAUUUCAGCUCGCUUCAGUCGUCCUCUAUCAAGGCGGUAUGGAUCCGGCAUGAAGGCAUCCGAGUUCUUUAUGAAGCGGGCGACAGAGAUUGCACUCGGCGAAAUAUUUCCAACCAAAAAUACACUGGAGAACUGCCAGGCCUUUUAUCUUCUUAGCAUCGCGCAACAAGGGAAUGGACUCAAAGAUGAGAGCCAUACGAGCAUGGGCCUCGCUCUUCGAAUUGCGUCUGCGAUCAAGCUGCAUUUGGAACAGACUUAUGCUUAUGAGACUUCGAACCCUACGCCUGAUGCCACCAUUCUUCGCGAAUCCGCACGGAGGACCCUGUGGAUGUUACAUAGUCAGGAUCAGCUACACUCAUGCUCUUCCUCGCCAAUCUCUCUCGCUGCUUCGGAUAUCGACGCCCUACUGCCUUGUGAUGAAGAAGACUUCGCCAAUGGGCGAGAGCCUCCUUCGCGAGCUGCUCUUGAAGGUACUCCACGUGCUAUCAAGGACCCAAGCCUGGUCAACGAUCCAAAUCGGUCUCUUUUCGGUACUCUUAUUCAAGCACACGGAUUCUGGGGCGUUGUCACCCGGGAUGCAGUCAACUAUACCCCACACUCUUAUCCAUGGGAUCCAGAGAGCAAGUUUGCCAAAGUCUCGACAAAGCUUGAUCAGUGGGAAAGAAGUUUGCCUCCCAACCAUCAAUGGAGUAUGGCUAGACUUUCUGAGUACAAGGCCAAAGAACAGGAUCUGGCAUAUCUCGGGGUCACAAUGAUUCCGCGGCUUUGCAAUAUCGUUCUCCGUCGCCCAUACUUGGAGCAUAUUCUGACUUCAUCUCGCGAAUAUCACCAAAGGCCGUUGGUCUUUAACCAGAUAGCAUACGAUCUUUUCAACAACGUUCAUAGACUUUACGAACAAAUCGUCGCCCAGUUUACGGGACGCUCUUCAGAUGAAAGUGUCGGUGCACAAAUGGCCGCAUUUUGUGUCUACACCUGCGGCCUUUUUUCCAUAUAUCUUUGGCGCUAUCCAAACUUGCCGAACAUCAUGUAUGACGGGGAAAAGAUGUUUCUGCGCUGUUUGGAUAUUCUAAUGGAAUGCAAAGAGGUCUGGCCUCUUGCUUCUCGUUGGGUCGAUGCCUUGAGCCGAUUUGCUCAAGAUCCUGGCAGUUCAUUUAAAAGCGAAAAUGGAAUGGCGGAUGGCAGAGGCCCAGCCCACAAUCCAUUAACUCACCUUCCUACGACUACGCCGAUAUCAUCUAGCGCAUCUCCUACUUCGUCCUUGUACAAUCGACAAAGCAAUUCCCAUGCUUCAAGUUCCAUUGCUCUGCAAUCUCCAUCCUCAAACGACAUCUCUGUGCCCAUAUCUACGACUCAUAUCAUGCCCUCUCAUUUUGCUCAACCUCAAACCCAGCAACAGCUACAGGUUCUUUCCCAUCCUCAUCAGCCACCGCUAUCGGUAAUACCACAUCAGCAGGCUUUUAUUCCAACUCAGCUUCAGCCUCAGCUUUACAUGAGUCCUGAUAACAUUGCCAACUUUGACAUGGUCCUAGGGGGCUUUGACCCCAAUGCUAUCCAAGCUUACCCGAUGGCAUCUCAGGGCAACGCUCCGUUAGCAACCAGCAUCCCGACAGCUAUGGCUAUUACCAGUGGGCCACUAAACCCUCCUCUGGACGGCUUCUUGGACGAGUUGAGCUAUUAUUCGUACGGAUCUCAGGCAUGGAUCCCAACAAAUAACUUGUUCGGAGGCUAAAGUGCUUUCUCUUGGCGCUGUUUGGGAUCCAAUGCUUGGAACAAAGUGAUCGUCUUCCAUUCCAUCAUGUUGGACAGACGAGGCAGCAAAAUUACACAAUUUUGACGGGUAUGUUGAUUCCAUAUCGGGUCAUGUUCCUUACACUUCGGAUUCAGAUAAGGUUGAAAAUCAUGGGAUUUAUUUUUCACAUUUAAUUGUGACUCAUCUCAUCUUUGUAAGCCAGAAAGGACGUAAGCUUGCCAUUUUUUCCCUGACCAAGACCUAUUGUGGGAUCCGAUCUAUGAAGUGUGAAUUUCAACCAUGAUUUGAAUCCACACCUGACAAACAGAUUCAGAUGCCGAGCCUUCAUUUCAUUUGUGGUAAUUACUACAUCUGGCUUGGAUUCAUCAAUAGAAGAUGGCAUUUUCACAUAGUCUUGCAAGUUCCGAAGGUUUCAUUU